AUGGAAUACGAGGACAGUGAGUCCUCAGCUUCUUUGGCAAGUACCUCAGCGAGCUCUCACUUUAGCGAUCUCAGUUUUGAUUGCGUCUUUGCUUCGGGACCCGUGUGCAAAGUGCGAGUGACGAUUGCGCUGUGGAACUUCCUAGAUCCUGCAGCUAGAACUGCUCUGCUGACUUCGAGUGCUGCCACACGCAGCGAUUUCUUGCAGGAAAUCCUCUUCAUUGCAAUUAGGGCUGGUCUGCAGCCCCUGCCGGCCUUGGCUCGUGGGGUUUCUUCGAUGGCUGCUGAAGCUUCGGCCUCCGAUCUCUGUGAUCGUUUCGAGCGGCACCUCCAGCACUUGACUUAUGAUGUUGUGGCCCCACUCAGCUAUCCCUGGGACAGGAAUAAGGCCUUGUCUGCCAUUUUCUCAGGAAAACCAGGCAGAAGCGUCGACCUCCAUAGCGUCAAGGUGCCUAGAGUCGUGCCGCCGCCAGCCACGCAGUACAGGCGGCCGGGUGAUUCAGUCGAGCCGCUGCCGAUGGCUCUGCCGUGUGCCAAGGUUUGCCCGCUACAGGCAGGCGAGAAGGCCGGAGUCGAUCGAGAAAAUGUCCUACGUCGGUGGCUCUGUGUUCUGAGCCACUCACCUGGUGCCUCGAGGUUGGGGGUUCUCAUUUGGGCGAAAGGCGAAUCUGACCCCUUGGGGGUCGUGGCGCAGGCCUUGGCUGGGAAAGCUACAUCGACUCUGCUUAAGCGAGCCCGUUUUUCUGCACGAUUCAUUUGCUGGGCCGACAAGCAUCAUGUGAAUGCUUUCCCGGUGAGCCUCGAGUUUCUUGUGAGCUUCCUCAAACCACUUGCAGCCGAAGCCAGGAACAGUGCCAUUCGUGAGGCUAUGGAGACUGUGAAUUUCCUGGAACAUGUUCUAGGAAUUGAGGUCGAACAAGGAAUCAGCGACAACCCUUGGGUCAAGGGAGCGCUGCGAGGAGCCAACAUUCGCACCUGUGACCCGAAACGAUCGAGAGUCCUGAAGGUCGAGGAGGUGCUUCUCCUCGAAGGAGCGCUGAUAGAGGGAGCCCUUGACAAGGUGGACAGGUACGCUACUGGGGUCUUCUUGUUCCAGCUUUACUCCAGGGCUCGAGUGUCGGAUCUGAGGAACAUUUCGAAGCUUGAGCUUGACCUUGAUGGCGAUACGGGUUUCAUCGAGGUCAGAACUUAUGAGCACAAGAAUUGCCGGUUGAGCAGUGGACCGGGGGCCGUGCUCAUUUUGGUUGCGCCGUAUCAUGGGCUCCACCAGAAGCCUUGGGGCGCCGCUUGGGUAGAGGCGGCGAAGGCCGUUGGCUUCGACUUCGAGAAAGGGCAUCGCGGGCCGUUGCUCCCCCGCCUGGCUUGCGAUUACUCUUGGAGCGGGGACGCCAUCGAUGCCAACGAGACCACUACAUGGAUCAGGGCGUUGCUUUCACGGCUGCAAGCGGCCGAAGAAGAUCUUACAUUCUCCUCGCACGGAUUGAAGGCAACGCCGCCUUCCUGGACCUCGAAAGCUGGAUACGGUGAGAGGACACAACUUGUCCUGGGACACCAUAGCUUAGGUCCAAGUGGGAAAACGCAAGAAGCUUACGCUCGCGAAGUGCAGGCGCAGCCGCUACGAGACCUUGCAGAAUGUCUUGGUGCCAUCCGGCAGGGGGUUUUCCACCCGGAUCGCACAAAGAGCGGGAUGAUUGCAGAAGGUGCGACCAUCCGUGAGUCGCGCUUCUCUUUGGCACCCAUUGGUCGUGCCAAUCUUUCGCCAUCUCACGAGAGCUUCGAGUGUGCUCCCGAGGUUGAGCUGGCCGAGGACGGAGGCGUAGAACCUCCUGAUGAUCAGGACUUGGGUGAACAAGAAGACGUUCACGAAGCCUCGAGCAGCGAGUCCGAGAGUUCUGGUGAGUCCGAGGAAGAGACUCAUUAUGAGAGUUUUGGAGCAGGCGAAGCGCAGAAUGCGAUCCCGUCUGUGAACAUGGGCCCUGAUUUAGACAUUUUUCAGAACCCGAAGACCAAGAGCCUUCACUCACGAGCGAAGGGUUCUGCUGGCAAGUUGAUCUGUGGAAGGUCACUUGACAAUAUGAAGCCUUUCAGUGGAAAGGUCUUCAGCAGUAGAUGGUUGUGCAAGCAAUGCACAGCAGGCCGACCCCUCCGCGACGCAGGGGCCAUGGCGAGUUUCAUCGCUAAGAAGCAGGGAUCGGAGACCAUGGCGCAAACCCUUGUAGAAUCCAAGGCCGUCUUCCUGGAGCGAGCCAAACGUGUGGGCCUCCCACAGGAAGCAGUGGAUCGCCUUGUUGCACAGACCAUCGACACGAUGGCGAAACUAGCGUUCGCCCCUUGCCAGCCCGGGGAGACGCCGACCGAGGAGUCGCUGGCGGCCCUCAUCAAGGUGGGUGGUGCAGCCCCGCCGUUGGGAUCCAUCGCAGCGGUUCGACACCUGGUGUUCGAAGCACAGACCCUCUUGGUCAGCCAGACCAAGGCACUCGUUGAGAACAAGGAGAACGAGGUCAAGGAGUUAGCCCCCGCGGAGCGCCGCGAGCGCAUCCGAGCACAGGCCCACAAACUUAGAGGCAUCACCAUGUCCGGCCAGACUGAGUGCAGCUACGCCUCGUAUGACCUCUGCAUGAAGCUCCUUACUGACAAUUGCAUCAGCUACCUUUCCCCGGCCAAGUUCAUCACUCGCGAAGCUGAGCUGCGGUCCGAGAAACCGCGGAAGGAGUUGGAUGUGCAGGCUUCAACACUGGUCGUGAGAGAUCGUGACCCCGAUCAGUCAUGCGAUACUUCCACUGCACUGAGCCUUCACCAUGCCAUGCACCGUCGAAGCCUUGCUCUUGACUUGAUCGGUGUGACUGAUUACUUUCGGGUUCAGGGCUUCGUGGAUUUCCUCUUGGGCCACCUUCAUCAGGAGCCCAUUGCUGGUAGCCGUGCCACCUCUGUGCAACAAAUUCUGCAUGCGGACCGUGCUGCCUGGAUGCGCCUGGCAGAGCUCACCCCCGACGGGAUUCGUCGAGAUGCAGCCGGGGCUUUGCCUCUUGACAGUUUGUGGGCCCGCUUACAGACUGACCCGAAGGUGAUUUUUCAUCUCCUCCCGCGAGAAGGUGGUGCCCUCAAACGAGAAAACAACGAGAUCAAGCCUGAGCUCACAGACACCCCGACCAAAAAGCAGCGCAAAGGUACUGGCAAGGGAAAAACCAAGACAUUGCGUGAGCCUAGCAAUCUCCCAGAAGAACUCAAGGGCCUUUCGUCUUGGACUGAGACCGGAAAGCGCCGCUGCUGGGGAUUCAAUAUGGCUAGUGGGUGUCCUAAUGCCAAG